ACAGAAUUCAUCAAAACAAUGGCUGAUUUACAUAUUCAAAAUCAACAACAAGAAUCAUCAAUGGCUGAUCAUCUUGAUCAUCACAUUCACACUCACAACACUUCUGUCAAACGCCGUUCACGGCCAACAUCUUCCUCCGAUCAACGCUCAUCCAAGAAGCAUUCUUUCAACCAAGAGAAACUUGCUCGUAAUGGCUUCUCUGCCAUUACUCUUCCUAUUAGUAUCUGCGGUAAUGUUCUUCGCGGAUCUGUCUCGGAUCCAUCAUACACUUUCCAGGAGAAAACAAUGCCGGUAAGAGGGUCAUCUGGUUUGCCACCUCGGCCACCGAUUAGUAGAUGUAACUCUGAAGUUAUUGAUCCUGCAACGGUUAAAGCUGCAGUUUCGCAUUGUUUGAAAUCUGAAGAAAAUUCUCCUCCUGAUUCAAAGAGGCUUAAAAGGAUGAAAGAACAGUUAACAGAAAUGAAGCAAUGGUGGGAUGAAAUUAUGAAAGAUGAGGAAGAAGAAAAUGAAAAAGAACAACAAAAAGAAGAGGAAAAAGAACAAGAAGAAGAAAAAGACUCUCUUGUUGCUGAAGAUGACAAAGUUCCAUCUCAGUCUCAGGAUGAAUUGAGAGCUGAUUAUGAAGAAGCUAUUAGUGUAGAGUGGCUUGAAAAGUGCUUAAGCCUUACUUUUAGGUGUCCAUGUAGAAAGGGCUACGAGUUUCUAAUAAGUGAAAACAAUUGCUACUACAAGUUGGUGUAGAAGAAUAAUUAGUAUGCUUAAUUGAUUCUUCUUAA